AUGAUACAUCGCUGGCAGGCCAGAAGAGACAUUCCUUUCCGUAAACGUUUCUUUGUGGGCUACGAUUUGAAUGGGAACACUUAUUGGGAAUUCACUCCGGAUGGUAACAUGGAUAGACUAAGAAGAAAGAUGGAACCAGUGGAGAAGGAGAUCUUUGAAGCGGAUUACUUCGAGAAGAUCCCUCCUCAAUGGCUCCAAUGGCUCAGAAGAACCAGAUAUGAGCCUCCAACUUUAGAAGAAUUGGUCGAAGACAAGAACCGUCAGGAAAGAAUAAAGAUAUUGGCUCUGCAAGCUGAUCUUAAAUGGACUCAAAAGAAGCAAGAACUAGAACACAUUCACCAAACAAAGCUACAAAGGGAAUUGGAUAAACUAAAGUUGGAAGAAGAACAGAAGCAGUCUAAGAGCAACACCACCACCAAGGAUAAUGAUCCAUGGAAGGCAGCAGAAAAGAAAGAUAACCCUAUUGAAGAAGCCACUAUAUUGAGCUCAAAGCGAUAG